UUGGAGGAAGCUCACCCUGGGGGCGGAGUACGAGGACACCUGGGCUCCGUCACCUGACAGCGGAGACGGGAGAGGCCGUCCCCCGGAGAAGCGCGCGGCGGCGGGGGCGGCGGGGCGCGUGGAGGGGGCGGACGCGUCCCCUGGAGGCCCGCGGGCUGCGCCGUGGAGGGAAGUCGACACCGACACCGCGCAGAAGUACGACUCGGUCCUCCACCUGAACGGGCUGAGCCGAGCGGGCAGGAGGGACGGUGUGCGCCGCAUCGUCCUCAAGCACGAAGCCCUGAGCGGCACGCGGCGGCCCGGCGGCAUGCCGCGCUUCGCCGAAGAUCUCCCCACCCGCUAUGGAGGAAACGCCGGCGGCGGUGGGAGAGGCGGACCGGGCGCCGGCAGAGGGGGAGCCCGGGGUGGCGGCGCACCGGGCGGCCAGAGGGUGUACAAGCAGUCGAUGGCCCAGAGAGCCCGGACAAUGGCCAUCUACAACCCGAACCCUGUCAAACAAAACUGCCUCACGGUCAACCGCUCCCUCUUCAUCUUCCGCGAGGACAACCUCAUCAGGAAGUACGCAAAGCGGAUAACGGAGUGGCCUCCAUUCGAGUACAUGAUCCUCGCAACAAUUAUCGCUAACUGCAUCGUCUUGGCCCUGGAGCAGCAUCUGCCCGCCAGCGACAAGACACCCAUGUCGGAACGCCUGGACGACACAGAGCCCUACUUUAUUGGAAUAUUCUGUUUCGAGGCAGCCAUUAAGAUCAUCGCCCUGGGCUUUGCUUUUCACAAAGGCUCCUACCUCCGCAACGGCUGGAAUGUAAUGGACUUCGUGGUCGUCCUCACAGGAAUCCUGGCCACGGUGGGUUCAGACUUUGAUCUGCGAACACUGCGAGCAGUGAGAGUGCUGCGGCCCCUGAAACUUGUGUCAGGAAUCCCCAGUCUCCAGGUGGUACUGAAAUCCAUAAUGAAAGCCAUGGUUCCUCUGCUCCAGAUCGGCCUGCUGCUUUUCUUCGCCAUCGUGAUGUUUGCCAUCAUCGGGGUGGAGUUCUACAUGGGCAAAUUCCACACCACCUGCUUCAAGAACGAGACCGGUGAGCAAGCAGCACACUGGCCUUGUGGUCUGGAGCCUCCGGCGAGGUUGUGUCCCGACGGGACCCAGUGCAGAGAGUACUGGACCGGACCCAACUUUGGCAUCACCAACUUUGACAACAUCCUGUUUGCCGUGCUUACCGUGUUCCAGUGCAUCACCAUGGAGGGAUGGGUGGACAUCCUCUACAGCACCAAUGAUGUAGCAGGAAACACUUGGAACUGGCUGUACUUCAUCCCUCUCAUCAUCAUCGGCUCCUUCUUCAUGCUCAACCUGGUGCUCGGUGUCCUCUCCGGAGAAUUUGCCAAAGAAAGAGAGCGUGUGGAGAAGAGGCAGGAGUUCCUGAAGCUCCGGAGGCAGCAACAGAUCGAGCGAGAGCUCACCGGGUACUUGGAGUGGAUCUGCAAAGCAGAGGAGGUGUUGCUGGAGGAGGAGGAUGAGAUUGCAGAGGAGAAGUCCCCGCUGGACGGUGCGUGGUACAAGAGGAAACAGAACCUUCCAGUCCUGAAACGAGGCAAAGUGAAGAAAGGUAAAAACGACCUGAUCAGCGCUGAGGAGGGAGAGGAUCCUUUUGCAGACAUCUCCUCCGUUCCUCCCCCUGGCUCGCCGUUUGGUCGGGCUAGCAUGAAGAGCGGCGGGAAGAUGGAUAGCUCCUCUUACUUCCGGCGUAAGGAGAAAAGGACGCGUUUCUUCAUCCGCCGCAUGGUGAAAGCUCAGAGCUUCUACUGGAUCGUUCUGUGCCUGGUGGGCCUCAACACUCUUUGUGUGGCCAUAGUCCACUACGACCAGCCCGAUUGGCUCACAACAGCCCUCUACACGGCCGAGAUUGUGUUCCUGGGUUUGUUUCUGACUGAGAUGUCGCUGAAGAUGUACGGCCUCGGAGCGAGGAAUUAUUUCCACUCGUCCUUUAACUGCUUUGAUUUUGGCGUGAUUGUGGGAAGCAUUUGUGAGGUGAUCUGGGACAUGAUUAAACCAGGGGCAUCAUUUGGAAUCAGCGUACUGAGAGCUCUGCGACUGCUCCGGAUAUUCAAGGUCACCAAAUAUUGGAACUCGUUAAGGAACCUUGUGGUGUCCCUCCUGAAUUCCAUGAAGUCCAUUAUCAGCUUGCUCUUCCUUCUCUUCCUCUUCAUCGUGGUCUUUGCCCUGCUGGGCAUGCAGCUCUUUGGAGGACAGUUUAACUUUGAAGAUGAGACGCCAACAACAAACUUUGAUACCUUCCCAGCAGCGAUCCUCACUGUGUUCCAGAUUCUUACUGGCGAGGACUGGAACGCCGUGAUGUACCAUGGGAUCGAGUCUCAAGGUGGCGUUCGUCGGGGCAUGUUCUCCUCCGUCUACUUCAUCGUCCUCACGCUCUUCGGGAACUACACCCUCCUGAAUGUCUUCUUGGCUAUCGCUGUCGAUAACCUCGCUAAUGCACAGGAGCUGACUAAGGAUGAAGAGGAGCAGGAGGAGGCCGCCAAUAAGAAGCUUGCCCUGCAGAAAGCUUUGGAGGUGAAAGAAGUCAGUCCGAUAUCUGCUGCCAACAUCUCAAUCACGGCUUUUGUAAAGCAAAAUCGAGAUGCACUCUCUCGCAGGUCGUCCAUCAACAGCAUUCAGUCACAUAAAGAGCAGCAGCGCUCGGCAAAGGCCAUGUCAGUGUGGGAGCAGAGGACCAACCAGCUGAGGAGACACAACAUAAGGACAAGCAGCGAGGCUUUGUUCAACGAGCUCGACCCGGAGGAACGCCUCCAGAAGUCCUCCACCCUCCAUCUGCACCCGGACACGAAGACUCACCUGGACCGGCCGCUCGUGGUGGAGGCCAAGAACGGCGACAAGCCCAGCAGGCCUCCCGAAGGGCCGUGGGAGGAAUCGGGCAAUCCCCGGCAGGACGGGGUGGGGGACAACUUCCACUCGCACUCCAGGAAGCACCACCGGCACCGCGACAGGAACGGGGAGAGAGGGGAUGGAGGCGAAGCCCGGGGCGGGAGGCACCACACCCAUCACAGCCGCAGCAGAGACCACAACGGCGACGGUGCCCAGGUGAGGGACAGUAGAGGGGAGAGCGGCAACGGCCGCGACGGAGGCCAGGGACACCGGCACCACCGGCAGGCCGGCUCCCCCGAGGAGGAGGCCAAGGACUGUCGGUCAGGGGGAGAAGAGAGGGGCCACCGUCACCAUCACUUCCAUCGUGCACCAAAAGAGGGAAACGGGCUGAUGGCCAAUGGUGCGCAGGGAGAACGCAGGGGGAGGGGUGGAGGUGGAGGAGGAGGGGGGGACAGUAAUGGGGAGAGAAAGGGCCGCGGCUCUCGUAUGGUCCGAGCUCAGUCCACUCUGGAAGGAGACGACUGUAAGAGGAACAAGAAUGGAACCAAAGGUCACAGGGACAGGCAGCCGGACUCUGAGGAGGACGGCCUCGCCUCCAGCCCUCCGCAGCCGAUGCGGAGUGGCCUGAGUCCUGGAGAAAAGCAAGAGGAUGCCGACAACCAGAAGAACUCCACCAGGGCCAGCCAGGCGGGCCUCAACAGCAACGCCAUCAUCAUCCCUGUCACCGUCACUUGCCCGCCCAGAGAGACCACCAUCAUACCCGUGAACAACCUUGAUUGCGAUAACUUUGGACUCAGUGAGGAGAAGAAAGACCUGGAGGAGGAGGAGGAGGACGCAGCUAAUGGGCCUCGGCAGAUGCUUCCCUACAGCUCCAUGUUCAUCUUCGGGCAAACAAACCCUGUGCGUCGGCUGUGUCACUACGUGGUCAACCUACGCUACUUUGAAAUGUGCAUCCUGAUGGUCAUCACCAUGAGCAGCAUCGCCCUGGCAGCCGAGGACCCAGUGCAAGCUAACGCGCCGCGCAACAACGUGAUAUCUGACUAUGUCUUUACUGGGGUCUUCACCUUUGAGAUGGUGAUUAAGAUGAUUGACUUGGGACUGCUCCUCCAUCCUGGCGCUUACUUCCGUGACCUGUGGAACAUUCUGGACUUCAUUGUGGUCAGCGGAGCCCUGGUGGCCUUUGCCUGCUCGAGCCUUAUGGGAUCGCAUCAAAGCGUGUCCAGAGGGACGAAGGGCAAGGACAUCAACACCAUCAAGUCCCUGAGGGUCCUCCGAGUCCUGCGGCCACUCAAGACCAUUAAACGGCUUCCCAAGCUGAAGGCGGUGUUCGACUGUGUCGUGAACUCUCUGAAGAACGUUCUGAACAUCCUCAUCGUCUACAUGCUCUUCAUGUUCAUCUUCGCUGUUAUCGCUGUUCAGCUCUUCAAGGGCAAAUUCUUCUACUGCACCGACGAGUCCAAAGCUCUGGAGAAAGACUGCAGGGGUCAGUUUCUGGACUACCACAAGGACGACGUGGCAGCUCAACCAAGAGAGUGGAAGAAGUACGAGUUCCACUACGACAAUGUCCUCUGGGCCUUCCUCACGCUCUUCACGGUGUCCACCGGGGAGGGCUGGCCGCUGGUCCUGAAGCACUCAGUCGACGCCACUUACGAGGACAAGGGCCCCAGCCCGGGCUUCCGCAUGGAGACAUCCAUCUUCUACGUGGUCUACUUCGUGGUGUUCCCCUUCUUCUUCGUCAACAUAUUUGUGGCUUUGAUCAUCAUCACCUUCCAGGAGCAGGGAGACAAGGCCAUGUCGGAGUGCAGCCUGGAGAAAAAUGAGAGGGCUUGUAUUGACUUUGCCAUCAACGCCAGGCCGCUGACGAGAUACAUGCCGGAGAACAAGCAGUCCUUCCAGUACCGGAUGUGGAAGUUUGUGGUGUCGCCCCCAUUUGAGUACGCCAUCAUGACUUUAAUCGCCCUCAACACCGUGGUGCUGAUGAUGAAGUUCUACGGAGCUCCAGACCUGUACGAGUCCAUGCUGAAAUACCUGAACAUCGUCUUCACAGCCCUCUUCACACUGGAGUGCAUCCUUAAGAUUAUUGCCUUCGGUCCACUGAAUUACCUGAAAGCAGCCUGGAAUGUGUUUGACUUUGUGACUGUGCUCGGAAGCAUCACAGACAUCUUGGUCACGGAGAUUAAGACGGACAAGAUGAUCAACCUGAGCUUCCUGCGACUGUUCAGAGCGGCUCGUCUCAUCAAGCUGCUGCGGCAGGGCUACACCAUCCGCAUCCUGCUGUGGACCUUCGUGCAGUCCUUCAAGGCCCUGCCGUAUGUCUGCCUGCUCAUUGCCAUGCUGUUCUUCAUCUACGCCAUCAUCGGAAUGCAGGUGUUUGGAAACAUCGACCUGAAUGAGGAGACGGCAAUAAAUCUCCACAACAACUUCCAGACGUUUUUCCAAGCCUUGACUCUUCUCUUCAGGAGUGCGACAGGCGAGGCGUGGCAUGAGAUCAUGUUAGCGUGUCUCAGCAACCGGCCGUGUGAUGUUCACUCGGGAACCGUGGGGAAGGAGUGCGGGAGUGACUUUGCUUACUUCUACUUUGUCUCGUUCAUCUUCCUCUGCUCCUUCCUGAUGUUGAACCUCUUCGUCGCCGUCAUUAUGGACAACUUUGAGUAUCUGACGAGAGACGCCUCCAUCCUGGGACCGCAUCACCUUGACGAAUUCAUCCGUGUGUGGGCCGAGUACGACCCUGCAGCCUGCGGGAGGAUUUGCUAUCAGGAUAUGUACAAAUUGUUGCGUUUUAUCUCGCCUCCCUUGGGCCUGGGCAAGAAGUGCCCCAACAGGGUGGCGUAUAAGCGACUGGUGAGGAUGAACAUGCCCAUUGCGGAAGACAGGACGGUGCAUUUUACCUCCACGCUGAUGGCCUUGAUCCGCACCGCCCUGGACAUCAAACUGGCAUCUGGCGUCCUGGCGCAGCAUCUGUGCGACGCUGACCUGAAGAGGGAGAUCCACCGAGUCUGGCCCAGCCUGUCGCAGAAGACUGUCGACCUGCUGGUGACGCCGCCUAAAUACAAUGAGCUGACUGUGGGGAAAGUCUAUGCAGCUCUAAUGAUCUUUGACCACUACAAGCAGACUUGUGCCAAGCGACUCCAGCAGCAGCAUUCGGGGGGACAACAGAGUAAACUGGGGUCGUUGUUCCGUCCGAUGCUGCCCCUCACUCACAUACAGGAAGUCGAGCCACCAAUCUGCAGCCCCAAACUGCCCCUCUCACCUCAGCCUGAGCCCGAAGCCAAGCCUGAAUUACUGCCCACUACCAGCCUCACCUCGGUCAACAGGGAUUCACUGCUAAACCAGAGAAGUGCCAUCAAACAUUCCCAGUCUGGUGACGUCUCUCAGGCUGCACAACAGAGGCCCAAAGCCCGGAGGAAACUACAGAGAGGCCAGUCAGAGGACGUGCCGUAUUCCACCAAACCUCAGGAGUUUGUUGAAUUGAAGCAGGUGGAGAACCUAUCAGACUCAGAGGAAUAUCCGAGCCUGGAAGGCCACAGCAGAGCGGCUUCUCUGCCCCGACUCAACGCCGAGUACUACCGGAGCCACCCUCGCCACGUCCCUGGGACCCACCUGGCACCGAUCGUUGACCUCAGUCCCAUCCGACGCUCGGCAUCCUCGCUGACGCCGCAGCGCUACCAGGAGGUCGGCCUGUCGGAGUACGACCUGGAACGGCCCGGCUUGGCCCAGGCUGAGGGCCAGGACAGAGCCCACCACCAUCACCACCACCACCGCUGCCACAGACGGAGGGACAAGGACAAAGACAAGAAGCAGACGUCCAUGGACCGAGCUGAGUCAAUGCAGCCGUCCAGCACCGUUGACUCGUUCACCGACCCUUCGGCCGAAGGCCUGUCCAGAGAGCGGGCGAGGGAGCGGGACCGCGGCCGGCCUCACGAGCGGAGGCACCACUCCUCAGCGGGGGAGAAGCAGCGCUACUACUCCUGCGAGCGCUACGGCAGCAGGGAGCAGUGUCACACCAAGUCCGCGGGGCCCAGCCGCUCCACGUCUCCCGGCGAGGGACAGGACGCCGUUUUCGUCAAACAGCAUGGCAGCAGCGUGGUCCUAGCCGGCCCUGGAACGCUCCCCUCUGGUUCCAGCACGCCGGGCCGCGGACGCAGGCAGCUUCCACAGACGCCCCUCACCCCCCGUCCCGCCGUGUCCUACAAGACCGCCAACUCCUCGCCGCUCCAGCCCGGUGCCGGUGCCGCCGCCGCGACGGGGCACCACACUCGCUGCAGCCGUGGCCUUUCAGAGCACGAUCGCCUACACUGGGGCACCGACGAGUCCCCAAUACCGGUCACCCGCAUCGGUUCGGACCCUAAUUUGAACCGUCAGUCGCAGGUGGCCUCUCAAGAGGCCCUCCUUGAAGAGGACUUCCAGGACACUGUGAGCAGCCACGGAAGGGGACGCUCCGCCAGAACCGCUGCCUCCACCACGGCAUCAACUUCCCACGCAGCCGCCGCUUCGGCCGCCGCGCAGGGGAGAGCGGGCGCCGUCCCCAACGGGUUCCACUUCACCCUCGGGGUCAACUCUGCGUCCGGGCCUGGGGGCCGAGGAACAGGAAGUCUCAGGGAGAGGGAGGAGGAGGACUGGUGCUAACCGGGGACGGGCAGCGCGCUCGUGUCGGGUCCGACGAGCUGAUGAGAACGGAAGCAAAUGUAUGGAGGAAAAAGCCACUGCAAGGGGUCGUAAAAGAGGAUCAGAAAUCAUUCAAGCUUUGUAGUGUUACUCUACUUUUUAUACAACAAUCUUUCAAGAAAAGAUUUACACUGAUGACUUUCUGCCCCCUUUACUUGCACUGAAAUCAUAGCACCUGUGAAGACCCUUAAGUAUUCCGCCUCGGCCAGUAAAACCAGUGAUGGAGCAGAAGAUAGAAGCCAAAACCUCCUCGUUCUUUGAGUGGAAAUAUGAAGUGUGUUUCAGACUGAUCCGAAUGCCUCUGUCCUGCGGUUAAUACGGCUGCUCGCGACACUGUUCUUAUUUUUGUAUGAUUCAUUUUUUCUGUAGUUGCCGUGGGGGUGAGAUAAGAAUUUCAACAUGAUUGUGUUGAUGCUUUCGCCAAAUUAUCUUUUCUUCCUCGGCUUUUACUUUGGGGUUUUCCCCAAAUUCGGACCGGAGCAGAUUAUCAACUAUUUUACGAACGUCUUAAAGUGACACAAUGAGUUAUGGGACCGCUAGAAAAACAAGAGAAGGGGUUGGAAUGGAACUAGAGCCCAGACUUCACGAUCGCUUUUUUUGUAAAUUGUACCACGUGUACAUUUUUGGGGUUCUGACGUCAUGUGGCUGAAUACCAAGUGCCUCGUUUUCCAAGAUGUAUUAAGAUGCAGCCUGGUCAGAUGGACUUGAAUAUAUAUAUAUAUAUAUAUAUAUAUAUAUAUAUAUAUAUAUAUAUAGUCGGAGAUGUAAGUAUUUACGGCUGAGAAAAGGUGUAGAGAACAAAGUUUGAAUUUGGUAUAAUGGACAGAAUGCAAAAAAAAAAAAACUAACUCUUUUUGUACUGAAUCUUGUUGUAGGUGUGUCGGAAUUACAGAUCCAAAGUAAGCAAUGUAGUGCAUGCCGGGGUCUUGAACUUGUCAAAGAAAAUAGUGUCUGUACUUUUGCUUAGGGGUGUGUGGUAAGCAUUUGCCUUUCUCUUUCAAAUAUACUGCCAAACUGUUGGCAGAAAUGGUUUCUGAAUGCAGAAAAGUGCCAAUUUUUUAUUUCUAAUCAACAAAAGUUCUGCCUCCUCGAGCGUGCAUGUCAUCCCUGCCAUGAUUACCCUAAUUCCAUGGGUUUGCUUUCUUGUGGACUCUUGUGAGGCUUUGCCGGAGAGGGGACUGUUUGUGUGUUUACAGGUACAAUAAAGAGUUGUGUUGUUGCCGCAGACUGUUGACUUAAAAUAGGGCUAUGCAACAAGACGACACUUCAUCCGGCCUGUAGCUUUACCCUGUGGAUUCUCCAGGUUCAGGCUUUGGUGUGACUGCGACCAAAUUUUACAUUCCUGUAUGAAAAGUUGUAAACUGUAAAUGUAUCUUGUGAUGUACACUUAACUGACAACACGUCCUGAGGCACAGAUGCUGUCCGAGCUGAUGUAUGUGAAUCACAGGGCAUUUUUGAAGUUGGCAAGUUGACUGCAUGCCACCUACCCAGAUAGAUCCUCCCGAAAUAUAAAACUCUUCUUUCCAGACUUGGGUUGAGUUGUGUUUUUGAAGAGCUUUUGAUGGUUUUUAAAUUUGCUUGGAAAGCCAGAUGAACGGGAUUGACAAAGUGGGUUUAGGGCUCAAAUGACACAAGAAUGAAUUAACCUUUAGUGGUACGAGUGCUGCUCCACAUGAGUGCAAAGGUCCAGCAGUGUGUCCUUAAGAGCCGAGCUGGACCCCACGUUGUGUCUUGCUUGCUUCCCACUUCUCUCAAUGGUUAUGACAUAUCUACUUCUAUUUAAAACAACUCAUAUUUCAGCAUUUUCUUGUGUUCCACAAAUCCUAUAAAAAGACCAAAGCGAACAAUGUGUGAAUCCGUCUCUCACUAUAUUCCUCUGCCUUAUCUGUGUCACUCAGUCACAAGUAGUCGUUUAGGUUUUGUUUGUCACUUAAACAGCAGUAAAUUAUAAGGAUAUUGGGCCACUAAAUUGUAAUCUGCCCAGAGAUUAAAGACAGAAGUUAGCUUUCAUCAAAUCAAUAUGUUGAGCACUAUUUUUACCUGCGGAUUGAUACUAAUUUGCUGCUCUCAUGGCAGCCAGUAGGUGUACUUACUGUAUGUGCAUUGGCUCAAAAUUAAUCAUAAUCAUGAUGAUGAAGACACAAAGUACUACUCUGACAAAAUACAGUUUUAAAAAUGUAAAACCAAAUUUAAGAUACGUGUUAAAAACACUCAGUUAUUGUACAUGAUACAAAACAGCUGGGUUUGGUGCUUUUUAGCAAACAUUAUUCACGUGGGGUAAAUAGUAUAUUUGUUUGGGACUAUUUUCAGUGGUUGAAUUGGACGCUUCGGUCUUUAUUUAAGGGGAGGAGGACGGUGAGAGAUCCAAUCAUUUAAAGAGUGUGUGUGUGCCGCUGCAAAAGUCAUUGCAACUCAUUGAUGUGUAUUUGAUUGUUUUUCUUUUAGAAACAAUGGAGCUCUACAGCGCAUCAGAACUAGCCCCUUUAAGUCAGGCUUUGGAUACACACACAUACACGCACAAAUACGUAAUUUACUUACUUAAGUCAUUUAACUCUAAUGGGUUUAAAAAAAUAUUAAAUUAUCACUAUGCUUAAACACAUAUUACAGGUGAAUGCAGUUUGAUGGAGGAACUAGUGCGGAUACAAUGUCAUAAUUGUGAGUGAGGGGAUUUGAGCGUGAGAGAGGAAUCUAGUUGAGUAACAAAUGUUGCACAUUUAACUAUAUUAGUGUUAAUUGAGUCACUUCGACUCAAGUCUACACGUUGAGCUGUGUCAUAUCUGUGCAACCUAUUUAAUGGAUUAUCUAAAAAGGAGACAUUUUUGACGCCGCAGUCGGGUUUACCUUCAGGGUGGCUCUGUUCUUUUUAGAGGUGACGUCACAGAUCGUCUUUCGUCUGCGAGCACGGCUGUAAGUGGCCACAUGGGAGCAGAGAGUUGUGUUCAUCUCGUCUCAGAUGUCCAUCUGUUUCAGAACCCCAACGUGAGCAGGUCGCCAAGUGUUCCUCUUACAGUUUGCUAUUAUUACCCCCUCUGGACACGCCCCAGUUGCAUGUUCUGAAAUGGAAAUGUGCAUGUGCUUAAAAAAAGAGGCUUUGCUUGACUUCAUUCAGUCCAUGAUUUGUACGAUUUGUUUCCUGGUUGUAUUUUCUGAUCAACACACAGUAUAUGUUUUUCACGUGAAGACAAAAAAAAGAAAAGGAAAGAAGGAGGAGCUUGCUGGAAUACCGUUACAUCACAGAGCUGCCAAGCUGGAAACAAGUUCUGAAGUAACUGAGUCCUCCGCUGCCUGAUCUGAUAUUGACUCUGCCACAGUCAUUUUAACUGUACCCAUAGAUUUGAUAUAAAUAUGCGUCCUUGAAUAAAGAGGUAUGAUUAUAAAAGUG